CGAAAGCGAGGCUCAUGCGGGGGAAAAUUAAAAAUACCCUUUGACACAGCUGGAAAAAUACGGAGAAAGUCACUUUGGUUCGCAGUAUUUGACGGCAAAAUCAUGGUUAAACAUAACUGCUGUGCAUAUGGCUGCUCCAACAGCACUGAAAAACAAAAAAACCAUCUGAAAUAUCCAGAACUCAAAGGAAUAACGUUUCACACUUUUCCUAUCGGCGACCGAAAGAAGACUUACGCACCCGGAAUGAAUGAAAACGAGAGAAGAAAAAGGUGGAUAGCUGCUUGUCGUUUAAGCAGUUUAAAUGUCACAAGACAUACAAGAAUUUGUUCAGCACACUUCGAAGGUGGUUUAGGACCCUCAAAGCUUAAUCCUGUCCCAACAAUUUUCAGUUUCCCGACUCAUUUGCAGCCCAAAACCCGACGGAAGCGAACAGAUCCAGAGGAAAGGAGACGAGGAGCUUUGAGCUGCAUACAAAACAAAACCAAGACUGCACCAAGGAGACAAGCAGGUAAAACUGACAAAAACAAGGAAAACCCGGAACCAUUGGGCCUGUCAUCACAACUGCAGGAAACUGCGUGCUCGAGCGACAUGGAUUUUAUUUUUUCUGAAGAGUGUGAGAUUAAAACUGAACAGACACCUGAUCCAAGAUCCCUUGCAGACAAGUGUAUCCAAACCGACCUUACCUGUGAAGAUAUCGACUGCAUGGAAGCAGCCAAAGCUAAACUGGAAAAUAAACCAGAACUGAAGAGAGAAAUGUUUAUAGACGACGUCCUAAAAAGCAACAAGUCCGUGUGUUUCUACACUGGAUUGCCCUCCUAUGCCUGUCUUAUGAUGUUGUUUCCCUUUCUGAAACCAUUUGCAAAUGCAAUGAAAUAUUGGGACAACAAGAAAAAGGGACAGAGGGAAACGUAUCAGGAAGAUGAACAUGUUAACAAGCCGGGACCAAAGAGGCAGAUGCCAUUAUUUUCUGAAUUUUUAAUGGUUCUUAUAAGACUCAGGCUUGGACUGUUACAGAGUCACCUGGCAGACAUUUUUGCAAUUUCACAAAGUUCAGUUUCCAAGAUUUUUACAACUUGGAUUAAUCUUUUGUAUCAUGUAUUUAAGGAAGUUCUUAUAAUAUGGCCUGCAAAGGUUCAAAUUCAAAAGCACAUGCCUAAGAGCUUUAGUAGGUAUCCUCGGACCCGUGUAAUUAUUGACUGUACAGAGUUUUUUAUAGAGAAGUCCACUCAACCUUCAGCUCAGAAAAUUACUUGGAGUGAUUACAAGUCACAUAACACUUUCAAACUCUUGGUUGGUAUUUCACCCACUGGAGCCUUCACAUUUGUCUCUAAACUUUGGUCUGGUGGGGUCUCUGACCGAAAUAUAACUCAGAAAUCUGGACUGAUAGACAAGCUGGAACCUCUAGAUGAUGUGAUGGCUGAUAGAGGAUUCAAUAUUAGAGAUAUGGUCACAAAGAAAAAGGCCACAUUAAACAUUCCCCCCUUUGCAAAGGGGAAGUCCCUUUCAACAAAGGCAUGUACAAAAACCAGGAGAAUAGCUGCAGUUCGCAUACAUGUGGAAAGAGCAAUCCAGCGGCUCAAGUGUUUCCGAAUUUUACGUGGUGUGAUACCUAUCACCCUUGCUGCAGUUGCUGAUCAGACUGUGUUUGUAUGUGUAGCACUGUGUAACUUAAUGAAGCCUCUUGUUUCAAAGUAAAUGUCUAAAUAAUUUUCUUAUGUCUGUAUAAAUCAUAUGAUUUUUGAUCGAACUAAAAAAAAACAAUGAGCAUGUAACCCCUUACAGUAGCUACUAUACUAGGUAUAAAUGGAAUAGUUAUGCAUUUACAUAGGCUCAAUGUCACGAAAGGUUCAUAUUUGGAAGUUGAGUUUCUACAUUAUAUGUAUAUUUAUUUAUCUGUACUAUAUAACACUGUACGGUUCUGACCAUAUUUAACCUUUGGAAAAGCUAGUUCUGGUAAAAUGACCGAGUCAAAAAAUGAAUCCAGCUUAACUAGCACUGGAGACCAAAACUCUUGAUCAAACAACACUUUCUCAACAUAAAUACCACCAUCCCUGCCACAAGCAACAAAUAUGCCCCAGGGAUACGUUGUUGCAAACAUUUGUUGAUGUAGUUGAUAAAAGUAUUUAUGAUUUCUAUUAAGGGCUAUACCAUUGCUUCUUUUUAUACAAAUAUGCUGUUUCAGUAAAAUAUCUUCAAGGGUUUCCCCUGACUUCACCUGAAGAAAUUUCAUCUCAACCACACCUGGGCUAGACUCAGACUGAUCAUAUAUUAUUCUAUCUGGAGAGGCACCAAUAUGUCCAUGGGUCUUGCUAAUGACAAAUCCACACUUUUCGACUUUUAUAUCAGAAUGUCCAUUCUGUUUCAUGUAUUUUAUUAGUGCCUGUUCAAUUUCAUCCUCCUUUGCCAAGCCCUCCUUCAUGGCAGCUGUU